GGCCGCGUCUAGGGGCGGGGGGCGCGCAGUGUGCGGGGCCGCCAUUGGCCGGGUGGUGGGGCCGGCGGCAUGGCGGCGGCGGGGAGCGGUGACUUCUCGGACCUGCGGGAGAUCAAGAAGCAGCUGCUGAGCGUGGCGGAGCGGAGCCGCGAGCGCGGGCUGCAGCACAGCGGGAAGUGGGCCUCCGAACUGGCCUUCGCCCUAGACCCGCUGCCGCUGAGCGAGCUGCCGCCUCCCCCGGCGCUCACCGAGGAGGAUGCUCGUGAUCUGGAUGCCUACACGUUAGCCAAGUCGUACUUCGAUCUAAAGGAAUAUGACAGGGCUGCCUAUUUCCUGCGGGGCUGCAAGAGUCAGAAGGCUUACUUCUUGUAUAUGUACUCCAGAUACCUGUCGGGGGAAAAGAAGAAGGAUGAUGAGACAGUGGAUAGUUUGGGACCUCUGGAAAAAGGACAGGUGAAAAAUGAAGCUCUACGAGAACUGAGAGUUGAGCUCAGCAAGAAACACAAGGCACGGGAACUGGAUGGAUUUGGCCUUUAUCUAUAUGGUGUCGUGCUGCGGAAGCUGGACCUGGUGAAAGAAGCAAUAGAUGUGUUCGUUGAAGCUGCUCAUGUCUUACCUUUGCACUGGGGAGCCUGGCUGGAACUUUGCAACUUGAUUACGGAUAAAGAGAUGUUGAAGUUCCUGUCCUUGCCAGACACAUGGAUGAAAGAGUUCUUUCUUGCACACAUUUAUACAGAGCUGCAGCUGAUAGAGGAGGCUCUGCAGAAGUAUCAGAGUCUCAUUGAUGCAGGAUUUUCCAAAAGCACUUACAUCAUCUCUCAGAUUGCAGUUGCCUACCAUAAUAUCCGAGAUAUUGACAAAGCUUUAUCCAUCUUCAAUGAGCUAAGGAAACAAGAUCCUUACAGGAUAGAAAACAUGGACACUUUCUCAAACUUGCUAUAUGUAAGGAGCAUGAAGCCUGAGUUGAGCUACCUGGCUCACAAUCUCUGUGAGAUAGACAAGUAUCGUGUUGAGACCUGCUGUGUAAUUGGGAAUUAUUAUAGCUUGCGUUCCCAGCAUGAAAAAGCAGCACUCUAUUUCCAGAGGGCCUUGAAAUUGAAUCCUCGUUAUCUGGGAGCCUGGACACUCAUGGGACAUGAGUAUAUGGAAAUGAAGAACACAUCUGCAGCUAUCCAGGCUUACAGACAUGCAAUAGAGGUGAACAAAAGGGACUACAGAGCAUGGUAUGGCUUGGGGCAAACCUAUGAAAUCCUCAAAAUGCCAUUUUACUGUCUCUAUUACUACCGACGGGCCCACCAGCUCAGACCAAAUGAUUCUCGUAUGCUGGUUGCUCUAGGAGAAUGCUAUGAGAAACUCAAUCAGUUGGUGGAAGCUAAAAAGUGCUAUUGGAGAGCUUAUGCUGUGGGAGAUGUGGAGAAGAUGGCACUGGUGAAACUAGCAAAGCUGCACGAACAGCUGAAUGAAUCUGAACAGGCAGCUCAGUGCUAUAUCAAAUACAUCCAGGAUAUCUAUUCCUGCGGGGAGCUGGUGGAGCAUGUGGAGGUCAGCACUGCCUUCCGCUACCUGGCCCAAUACUACUUCAAGUGUAAGCUCUGGGAUGAAGCCUCAGCAUGUGCUCAGAAGUGCUGUGCGUUCAAUGAUACUAGAGAAGAAGGAAAGGCCCUGCUGCGGCAGAUCUUACAGCUUCGCAACCAAGGAGAAACCUCAUCCACGGAUAUUGCUGCUCCCUUUUUCCUCCCUGCAUCAUUGUCAGCCAACAACACUCCCACACGUCGCGUCUCCCCACUCAAUCUGUCUUCUGUAACACCAUGAACAAUGCUGAUACUUCUAACCUCCACAUUGAAUGGGACAUUGCAGAUGGGGCUUGCAACCACUUAUUUCUUCCAGUGAAAUUUUCACAUGCAUUGUUGCCUUCACAUGAAGGGUCAGAGUUAUUAGAGCCCACAGCUGAAGACAGAUGUGCCCCAGCAGGCCAAGGCGCAGCCUAUGUGAAAGUGCCUACACUGAGACGUGAGAACCUGCUGUACUUCUCACCAAGUCAUUCCAGUCAGAGGGCAGAUGUGUUCCAAUAUACAGGACUACUCCUAACUGAGGGAUGGGGAAGAGCUUGUCUGCUUGAUUUAAAAUAUAGUUGAAGUUUUAUUCUGCCUUGUUACCUCUGGUCUUCACUGAACUUCUUUGGAUGACCUCUUAGUGGUAUCAUUGCUGUCUACAUUGGAAACUGUUACCUGCCUGGCUACUUAAAGACUUUUGCUUAUCUUGAACUACACAGAAGAUGUUCCACAAAAGCAGUAGAUAGAGGCACUUAUAUCUAAGUGCCAUGUCUAUGUUGAAGGACUGAGAAGUGUCAGAAGAAUUCCAAGUAGCCACAGGUGGCAGCUGUUUGCCAUUCUGUCUGUGGAUCUGACAGAUACUUUGGCUUUCAGUAGAAAAGCAGGCAGUGGGAUAGCACAAUUAAAAAAAAUAAUGGUUAAGUUAUUGUCCUUGGGCUUCUUUGUGGUGCAGCUUUCAUGUGUGCUGUAGCAAAUGAAAUUGGAUGAACUGUGAUGGAUCAUUUUGUUAAGGACUGCCACAUCUCGUGGACAGCGUGGUGCAGGGGAUUCCUCCCCUGCAGUCCUGCUGCUUGUCUGUGUUCACACAUCCAGCCAACAGUAAGGCUAAGUGUGAAUUUCAAAGAUGCACGCAUAUGCCCACGUACUGCAGACACAACCAGAAAUUAACAGGUUAAUGUAAAGAAGAGGACAGUGCCCUUAGAUGCACUUGCUUAAAACAGAAACCAUAGAAGUGUCCUGAUCCUGUUACUAUUGCUUAAAGUUUGCUAGAGGAACAUAUGUACAUGCUUUCAGUGACUUAACUCAAGUACAUAUUCACAUUCUCUGGUCUCUUCAGUUUCUGCCCAUGACCUUGAGUCUCUUUGAUAUCCAUGUCUGGACCUUGGGUCUCUUGUUCACUCUCAGCCCUGGACCUAGGCUAUCUACAGAUUUUGGGUUUUUACCGUUUGCUGGCUAGGCCCAGUUAGGGGUGCUAUUGGAACAUACGCGUAUGUACACAAACACAGUAAGGAGCACAAUGAUAAAGAAAACAGCCAGCAGUAGCGUUUGUUUAAUAAAACUAGAACACACCAUGGUGAUGAGUGGUAGGUCUCAUCCAGACAAAGGUUCCUGACCAGCCGCCCUACUUGCAUUCAGUUGAUAGCUGCUCUGCCUGCCCCAACAUGUCAACACUCAUUCCUGCCCGUUUUCCCAUGCUUGUUCCUCUGGGACCCAUCUUCACCCCCCCUUCGGGGGUCUGCGGUCAUUCCCCUAGACAUCCUAUGAUACGUUUUAUGUGGUCCCACAAUCCCCUUCAGGCAUCCUAAAAUAAAUUUGCCCUGGCCUGUGAGAACCUUCCUGAUAACCAGCCACAGUGCUAUUGGUUACAAAGCUCUUGGUUGAAUCUCCAGAGUUUGGGUGGUUCCUGUAAUGGCCUAUCAACCUGUGUCUUAGAGCGCUAGUGUUGGUUAUCUGCUGUUGGGCUUUAUGUAUCCACAUUCAUUGUCUUGUCUUUUACAUUGAGUAGCUGUUACCCAGAUAUCAAACAUGAGUUUGUUCACAACUUCACAGAGA